GCGUGCCCGGCCCCGCUCGCCCGUGCCCGCCGCCCGUCUGCCUGCCUGCCUGCCAUGCCCGGUUUCGACUACAAGUUCCUGGAGAAGCCCAAGCGGCGGCUCCUGUGCCCGCUGUGCGGGAAGCCCAUGCGCGAGCCCGUGCAGGUUUCUACCUGCGGCCACCGCUUCUGCGACACCUGUCUGCAGGAGUUCCUCAGUGAAGGAGUCUUCAAAUGCCCUGAGGACCAACUUCCUCUGGACUAUGCCAAGAUCUACCCAGACCCUGAGCUGGAAGUACAGGUUUUGGGCCUGCCAAUCCGCUGCAUCCACAGUGAGGAGGGCUGCCGUUGGAGCGGGCCACUUCGCCACCUACAAGGCCACCUGAAUACCUGCAGCUUCAAUGUAGUCCCUUGCCCCAAUCGCUGCCCCACCAAGCUGAGCCGCCGUGAUCUGCCUGCACACUUGCAGCACGACUGCCCCAAGCGUCGCCUCAAGUGCGAGUUUUGUGGCUGUGACUUCAGUGGGGAGGCCUAUGAGAGCCACGAGGGUGUGUGUCCCCAAGAGAGUGUGUACUGUGAGAACAAGUGUGGUGCCCGCAUGAUGCGGCGGCUGCUGGCCCAGCAUGCCACCUCUGAGUGCCCCAAGCGCACACAGCCUUGCACCUACUGCACCAAGGAGUUCGUCUUUGACACCAUCCAGAGCCACCAGUACCAGUGCCCGAGGCUGCCUGUGCCCUGCCCCAACCAGUGUGGUGUGGGCACUGUGGCUCGGGAGGACCUGCCGGGCCAUCUGAAAGACAGCUGUAGCACUGCCCUGGUGCUGUGCCCAUUCAAAGACUCCGGCUGCAAGCACAGGUGCCCUAAGCUGGCAAUGGCACGGCAUGUGGAGGAGAGCGUGAAGCCACAUCUAGCCAUGAUGUGUGCCUUGGUGAGCCGGCAACGGCAAGAGCUGCAGGAGCUGCGGAGAGAGCUGGAGGAGUUAUCGGUGGGCAGCGAUGGCGUGCUCAUCUGGAAGAUUGGCAGCUAUGGGCGUCGGCUACAGGAGGCCAAGGCCAAGCCCAACCUGGAGUGCUUUAGCCCGGCCUUCUACACACAUAAGUAUGGCUACAAGCUGCAGGUGUCUGCUUUCCUCAAUGGCAACGGCAGUGGCGAGGGCACCCAUCUCUCACUCUACAUUCGUGUGCUGCCUGGCGCCUUUGACAAUCUCCUUGAGUGGCCCUUUGCCCGCCGUGUCACCUUCUCCCUGCUGGAUCAGAGUGACCCUGGGCUGGCUAAGCCACAGCAUGUCACUGAGACCUUCCACCCUGACCCAAACUGGAAGAACUUCCAGAAGCCAGGCACUUGGCGGGGCUCUCUGGAUGAGAGUUCUCUAGGCUUUGGUUAUCCCAAGUUCAUCUCGCACCAGGACAUCCGAAAGCGAAACUAUGUCCGGGAUGAUGCAGUCUUCAUCCGUGCCUCUGUUGAACUGCCCCGGAAGAUCCUCAGCUGAGGGCAGGCAGGGCUUGAGGUGAAAAUGGGGGUGGGACAUAACCUCAGUCGGGCACUAGGUGAAUCUGGAGAGGGGGCCGGACCCCCUUUUAGCUGCUCCUGCUGCCGAGGUUCUGUUACUCUAUUCUCCUCCCUUGGUCCCCCAUUCCCUACCACCCUCAGGUGCCUCCAAUUGGUGCUUCAGCCCUGGCCUCUGGGGGGAGCAGGUCUUGGGGUCAAGGGCUGGAAACAAGCGAUCCCAGGGCCUGUCUCCCCACUUCGGCAGGGCAGACAUACCUUGGUGCCGGCCACACUCUACUAGGGACUGAGUGCCUGCUGGUACUGUGUCCCAAGAGCCAUAAGUGGGGGAGGGGGUUGGGAAAGGGAGGGGUAGUUAAGAAUCUGUCUUGAGCUCUGAUUUCUUCCCCUUUCCCCAGCUGUGCCCCCUCUGGUUAUUUAUUUGCUUAGUGACAGAAGGGCACAGCAGGGGAGCUCUGAUUUUUAAUAAAUCCUGAAUUGUAUUUAUUAA